GCUGCUGCUCUGGUAACCCCUCACCUAGAUCAUCCUUUUGUGCACGGCGCGCUGGAGGUUGCCGUCUCUUCGCUCUGCCCAGCUGCCACCGCCGGCAUUGGUUCACCAUACAGACACACGUAGGCGCGUAUCCGACCGACCAACCCCCUUUUUCCCCCCUGGCCGACUGGAGAGCCGGCGAGCGGCGGGACAGCCAGGCAGCGACGACCCGCUGCUGCAGCCCCGGACAGGACAGAGGUCUCCACCGAACGAAGAGGUGUGACACUGUGCCGAGUCCCCUCAUUGUGUGCAGCAGCACCAUGGCAGCUAUGGGACCUAAGGACAGAGCUGGAGCUGGAGCUGGAGCUGGAGCUGGAGCUGGAGCUGGAGCUGGAGCAGGGCAUGGCGGGACGGCAGUCUGCCUGUCGGGACUACAGGCCUGCACCUCUACGACAACGCACAACAGCAAUGGGCCUGACACUCGGCAGACUGUGGUGUGUACACAGAGGUGGGUCCAGGCUGAGAAAGCAUUCAUGGAGAGCGGACAUCACAACAACAAGACAUCAGUUCAGCCGUUGCAGGUAGAGUCUGAGCGAGGUUGGAGCAACCUGGCUGCUCCCCUGCAAACUGUGGGACCCACAAUGCAGCUCAGCAAUGUGUCAGCAACUGGAGAGGCACCAUACAGGUCCAGUUUCCGCAGCCCAGAGUCAGUGGAGAUGGAUGAGAUCAUGGCAGCCAUGGUUCUGACCAGUCUGUCCUGCAGCCCUGUAGUCCAGAGCCUUCCACAAACAGAUCCUGGACCAGGUGGCUCAUCAUCAUCAGCUGACAUGGAGUGUGGUGGCGGCGAGCUCUCUGACAGUGGCAGCAGCGGCUACUGGAGCUGGGACCACGGCAAUGUUAGUCCCGCCCCCUCCAUGUCUGUUACUGAGAUGGACAGCAGCCCUGAUGAAGGCCUACAAAUGGAACUGGAGCAGGGAGAGAAGCUUAAUGCCAAAAAGCCAAAGAGCUCUUUCAGAGGUGUGUAUAAGUGUCUGUGGCCCAGUUGUGGCAAGGUGCUUACGUCUUCAGUCGGAAUCAAAAGACACAUCCGUGUGCUGCAUCUGGGCAGUGGGUCAGAUCAGUCCCAGAGAGAAGAGGACUUCUACUACACCAAGAUCUCCUGUGAGACUGUCGACGCCAGCUCCGCUCCGGCUCCUUCCCAGCAGGCUCUGGGCCAGGCCUCAUCCUCUCAUCUCAGCUGGGCCUCCUGCGGUUCUCCUCCAGCCUCAGGGCUCCAGAUCCUUCCGGCCCACAGACCCAGGUCCAACUCCAGCUCCGGGCCCGGCGCGAGCAGGCCCAGUCCACUCAGCCAGUCGGCCCCCAGCAGCUUCUGGCAGAUCCACUCAGAGCAUCUCUAUCAGGCCUGUAGCCCCGUCCAGGUAUCUGUGGCACCCAGAAGCCCCGGCUGCCAGGGUUGGACCCCCUCCGCCUCAAUCUCUGGUCACAGUAACACUCCGGUGGUGAAGCCUCGCUGUCGGUCUGUCAGUGUCGGGGAACAGUGGCUCCAACAGAACAGGCUGCAGCCUUUGAGUGUAUCGCCCUCCCGCACUCACUGCUCCUUCAGGAAGGGUCGUGGGGAGGCCAAAAAGUGUCGUAAGGUGUACGGAGUGGAGCGCAAGGAUCAGUGGUGCACCGCCUGCCGCUGGAAAAAAGCCUGCCAGCGCUUCCCUGACUAAAGACUGCUGCGUGAUGGACAGAGAGAGCGUGUGAGAGAAGAUGUGGAUGGAUGGAUGAGUGAUAAAAGAGACUUUUAUCAAAAACAGGAUAUAAAUCAGGGCCUGAGAGCCAUCAAGGAAAACAGCUCUUCUCUUUUUUACUUUCAACCUUUUUUGUCUCUUUCCUAAAGAAAUGCAUAUGGACUUUUCUGUAUCUUUGUAACUUGAUCCUGAAACCUGAAGUCUGCGAUGGUGCCAACUGUUGACUGACUUUGACCAUGUGAUGUGCUAAGCCUACAAUACUCUCCUACUUUAUCCAAAGGUCAUAUAACUGCCCCUGUAGCUCCUCUGUAUUAGACUGCUGCUUGGCUGUUUUCUUUAUUCCGACCCUCUCUUUCAGUGGUUACACAGUGAUUAUGAUGUACAUUAUAUUGUGUGCUUUGAGUUACGUACGAGUAUUUUAUACCUUUUUUUUUUAUCGUCUCGUUCCGUCCGUGUAUUGGGCAGAUUAUUUUGGGGGAAUUUUCAUGUUUUAUGGCACUUUGUUGGAAUAUAAACUCACAUGAAUAAGCUACAUUUGGUUCGAUUCAAAUUCAGCCAAGUUCCUAUUUCCUUCCUGCCCAUGUGUGGGCGCACAACCAGUGUUAAUGGUUUUAUCCGUGAAGCUAUGGAGUCAUGGUGAUGGGACUAGCAUUAGGGGAGUGAGUUUGUAAUAGCAAUAAAAAAAGAGGAAAUAUAUUGUCAAAUACAAAUUAAAAAGCACUGAGAAUUUGAAA